GUCACAGUAAGCUCUUCAUGCAAACAGAUUUCGAGUUGGAUGGUCAGAAAUCUCAAGUGCACUUUGGAGUUUACUUAAGCGCUAUAUACGAAAAGCCAACCUGAAUGCGAGAGACAAAAAUCAGUAUUUGGAUACAGAGGUUUUCAAGGCCAAGAAAUCAAUUGAAAGGGAAGACAGAAGGCAAAGAUAUUUGAAUGGCGCAGCGGAACUCUGUACAAGUUAUUAUGACAAAUGCCUCCUUCGAAGACAACGAAACAGGACAGCACAACAAGACGGUGGUGUUUUUUUCAUUUUUAGGUUUAAUGUCAAUUUUUAUUGUUGCUAUCAACUGCUUCGUCGUGUUCUUGGUUUGGAAAAAAAAGGUUCUUCGUACACCGGCGAACAUUUUUUUGACAAGCCUUGCAUGCGCCGAUUUCUUUUCAGGAUCUUGUGCGAUUCCACUGAUCAUAGCCUGCCAGCUUUUGGAAACACGUCAUUCGUGGAGUGGACCCCUUUGCCUGAGCAUGGAUCUUAUAAGCAGAAUGUUGUCAAUAUCCUCCAUUCUUCACUUACUAGUUAUCGCUGUAGAGAGGUACGUCGUUAUCGUACGCCAUGUUAAACCAGACGACUUUGUCAGCUGCAAGAAAUACGCUGUCAUCGUGUCUGCUUUGUGGCUUAUUCCUUUAUCUGCGUCUUUCAUACAACUAACGUGGAUUCAUAUCAAAGAUGGCGUCCCACAGUUGCGAGGUAUCUCGAAAUCCGAAAUCAUUUACGACCUUGUUUGCAUCUUCGGAUUCGUCGUUUUUCCUUUGACGAUCAUUGUUAUCGCUUACAGCAAAGUUUUUUCUGUUUUGCGAAGGCACGCUAAAGAAAUAGACAAACAGACAGCCCUUUUUAUGGCAUCUUCCAGGAAUCAAAGUCAUAAACUAAAGGAAAAGCGAGCCACAUUUAUCUACGCAUCAAUGAUCGUCUUUUACGUAAUUGGGUGGUUUCCUUACUUUCUAUUAUCUUUGUCUUAUGACCUGGGUGUUGAGGAAGUGCUCACUAUCCCCUAUUGGACUGACACUCUUUUCAUGUUUUUGAGAUUUCUGAGUCCGCUGGUCAAUCCUUUAUUAUACACAUUCUUUAAACAGGAUUUCAAAGAUGUGAUUUUUUCUAUGAGAGGGGGAUCUAAAGCGCACGCUGACACACUGUUGGAGAACUCUUCCCAGUUUGAUACGAUUCAGUUGCGAUAUCUGGGAGAUUCAGCGACAUCAAGUGAACCUCUGUGAACAAAAUGGUGGGUAAAUAUUUUCACAAAUGCAUGUCGAGGUUUUCGUUUAUCUUGAAGGUACGGUAAACUGAAAGUAAGAUAAAAACCAAACAAUUUGUUGCAAAGAAUCUUAGGCUGUACUUCUAGCAUCUUUUAUUGUGAGUACGAAGUACAAAAAAAAAAUCAGUAACAAAUACAUCUCAGAAUUUCUGUGUUAAUCAUGAUUAAGCAAAUUUCACUUAUCAAAACACCUUCUAGUAAAGACUUUUGAAUGAUUAUAUGGUUUUCUUCCCCUUUUUGUUGGUGCCAGACUGUAGAUUUUAGUUUGAGAUAUAAGAGGCCGUCACCUUUGGCACAAUUAACUCUGCUUUCCAGAUUGUCUUAGAUAAUGCCCUCUAAGCCAUUGGGACAAUUACGUGAAAGUCAUGCCAAAUAAUAAUUUAUGAUCGAACAAGAUUGUCAACUUAGAAUCGCGUAUUUGUGCAUGAUCGUUCAGGUCAUCGAAAUCGUCUCGGUAAUCUAAGGUGAACUCGGGAAAUCGGAUCGUUUUGAUUAACUGGGAACCAGGUUCCAGAAACAGGCUGAUAUUAUGGAUCAAUUUUACCUAGUCAGUUUAAGAAUUUCCUUGAAAUACUUUCGUUACAAUGUAUUUUCAGGUGCUUUGAUUGUUAUGCCAUCCCACUAUGGUGAACUUAGCGCGUAUAUAGAACUAAUUCAACUUUGUAAUUUGUGCCAUGAGCUAAAGCCGACGGUAGUCAUGAUUGACGAAAUAACUGAACCACACUGCAGCUGGAUAUUGACACUUUUUAAUUUUGACACGGGUUAAAAAUAAUGCUUUUGUAAAACGUAUGAAGCAUAAGGAGUAAAGGCUUCAAUCUUUGCCCUUCUUAAUAAACGAUAGGCUAUUAGACUGAACCUGAUCGGCCUACAUACCACUGACAAGGAGCAAACAGUGAACCUGGGCUCGAGAUUGGAUAUUCAAUGGCUCUUAAAAAGAUGGGCAGUUCAGACUGCAUAUGGCUACUGAUAUAGCAGAAGUUUUUAUAGCAUUGAAAAGAACCUGGGGUUGUAUGAUGAUGCUAGAAGGUAGCGCUGCAGAAGAUUUGUCUCGCAUGCAAAACAGAAAAUCUGCCGCAUCCCACAUACUUAUGAGAGCCCUGUUCCACAAGAGAAAGGAGAUUCAGGAAUACAGUGAAUAAUUGACACUCAACCACUAAUUAAAUGGUAACACAUAAUAAUAUUAACGAUAACAACGUAACAAAGAUAAUAAUGAUGAUGAUGACAAAAGUAAUAGUAAUGAUAGAUUAUAGGGGCUAGCUCAAAAACCUCACUGUUCCUCCAUCGGUCUAUCCUUAGGCUUCAAUAAUGAUUAGGCUAGCCUUCUUUUAAUUUUGAUCUGCCUGUUAAUUAUAAACCAUUUUCUCA